AUGGUCUCUAAGCGACGCGCGUACGACGUCACCGUUCGCACACUUCGAAGGAUACAUGACACUUUAAGACGCACGAAGUUGCUAUACGCAUUUCCGUUUGGAAGUGCGUUUGACAAAGUGCUCCGCGUUCUCGAAGAAUUUAAUAAGAGCACUAAAAUGGUGAAUAUAAAGAAACUCGGGAUCGGCGGUGGAUGUAUGUUCGUCUUUGGUAUUUUAUUUGGUUGGUGGGGAUUUCCAGCAAUCCUUAGAUCGCAGAUUAAGAAGGCGAUCGCGUUGAAGCCAGGCAGCGAGAUACGCGAGAUGUGGUCAAAUUUUCCAUUGCCGUUGGAUUUUAAAGUCUAUCUGUUCAACGUAACCAACCCUGACGAGAUCAAGGAGGGUAAGAAGCCGAAGUUGCAAGAAGUAGGACCGUUCUUCUACGACGAGUAUAAAGUGAAGCUGGAUCUCGUUGAUCGAGAGGAGGAAGACAGCGUCGAGUACAGCUUGAAGUCAACGUGGUUCUUCAAUCCCAAGAAGAGCAACGGAUUGACGGGCGAGGAGGAAAUGGUGUAUCCUCAUCUCAUGAUCCUGGGAAUGGUGGGAGCCACUCUGAUCGAGAAGCCAGCCGCAGUCGGGAUCGUCGGCAAAGCGGUCGACAGUAUCUUCCACAAGCCGGACUCGAUAUUCGUGAGAGCCAAAGCCAAAGAUAUACUUUUCGACGGUUUGCCUGUUGAUUGCACGGUGACAGACUUUGCCGGGUCGGCGGUGUGCAAUUUGCUGAAGACGGAAGCGAAGGAUUUGGUGCCGGACGGAGAAAAUCGUUACAAGUUCUCAAUCUUCGGCGGGAAAAACGGAACCAUCGCGCCGCAGCGUAUGAAAGUUCUGCGCGGUGUUAAAAAUUACAAGGACGUCGGCCGUGUCCUGGAGUACGAUGGUAAACCCGCGCUAGACAUUUGGCCGGAGGAUCACUGCAAUGCUUUCAACGGCACCGACUCGACCAUCUUUCCACCUUUGUUCGGGCCGGACGACGACAUCGUCUCGUUCGGAUACGAGAUCUGUCGCAGUCUCAGCGCGCAUUACAAACACCAUAGCAAAAUCAAAGGUGUCAACACUCUUCAUUAUACUGCUGAUCUGGGAGACAUGAGCACGAAUCCUAUGGAGAAGUGUUUCUGCCCGACACCGGACACUUGCUUGCCGAAAAAUUUAUAUGAUAUGACAAAGUGCCUGGGCGUGCCUAUUAUCGGAUCUCUGCCACACUUUUACGACUCUGAUGGAAAAUACUUGCAAAUGGUGGACGGUCUGCACCCGAAUCAGGAAGAGCACGAAAUCGACAUGGAUUUCGAGCCGAUGACGGCCACGCCGCUCCUCGCGCAUAAGCGGCUGCAGUUCAACAUGUUCAUACAACCGGUACCGAAGUUCAAACUGAUGAAGAACUUCCCGGAGGCGUUGCUGCCGCUGUUCUGGGUUGAGGAAGGAAUACUUCUCGACGACGAGUUUGUCAACAAGGUGAAGGUGGUGUUCAAAGCGAUGGCGGUCGUCGGCUUUUUGAAGUGGCUGAUGGUACUCGGUGGGUUAGGCAUGAGCGUCGCAGCUGGCGUGUUGCAUUACAAAAGUCGCGACAGUGGUAAGCUGGACAUCACAAAGGUCACUCCGAAAGGCAGCAGCAAGGAAGACGGCAAGGCGGACAAGAGCUGGCCGCCUAGCAUGAACAUCAGUACGAUACAGGCGGCAUCCGUUCCGUCCAGCCUCGACAGAAAUUGAACAAUAUUAGCGAGAAGCUAAAAGAUCAAUAUUAAUAUCGCAAAAAUCUAUUCGACCGCCGAUAUUUUCUUAACUAAAAUUAUUUUUAAUGUAAAUAAUUUUUUUUUGACAAUUAACAAUGAAACAAAAGAGGAUUUCGACGCAACUUGUUUAUUGCUUCUUAUACAUUCUUCAUUAUUAUUAACGUAAAGUAGUUAGCAUUUUUCAUUCGACAGUUGUUUGCUGAACAGUCAACAUAUUAGCAUUUUACAUUAUAUUCACAUUCUCAGAGGUUCACUUCAGUCGAAUGAUAUACUUAAAUAACUAUCGUUAGAUCACUGAAGAUGGUCAAAUGUAGACCGUAAUGUCUAAAUAUUUUAUGUGAAUGAUAAUGAAGAAUGUUAUAAGAAGCAUUAAACAUUUUGCGUCAGCUCGAAAUCCUUUAUUAAUUCAUUGUUAAUUGUUUUAAUAUGAGCUUACAUCUAUAUACUUUAUUUAAUUUUUUUUUAUUUUCUCGAAUUUACUAUUCUACAAAAAUAAGGAACACUUUUCAGGCGCACAAAAUUGAGCAAUUUUCAAACCGCUGAAAUUCGGCAAAAAAUCAUUACAGAAAGAAAUUAAGAACGCAUUCCAAAGCUUAAAGUUUAUAUUUUCACGUGCUUUAAACUAUUUUUUGAAAAUUUUUUAUGUUUACACUUCUAAGUCCCAAAAAAGAAUAUAGUUAGUUAUAGAAUUAAGAAAAAUGUAAAGAUAUAAAAUUUUUAAAAACGGCCUAAAGCAAGCGUGAAAGUACAAGUUUCAAGCUUUUUUUUUUUUAAAAUGCUUUUUUAAUUUUUUAUUUACCAUGAUUUUUCGCCGAGUAACAGCGGUUUGAAAAUUACUAGAUUUCAAACGUCGACGCAGCAGAACAAUAAUGCGAUCGACUGACUGAAUGCGCGCCAUUGAUACGGCAUCGUGCAGCAUUUGUGCCGCUCAAUUUUGUGCGUCUAAAAAAUGUUCUUAACUUUUUGUGGAAUAGUAUAAAUAAAAAAAAAUAAUUGAGUAAAAUUGUAGAAAAUAUCUCAAAGAAGUUGAGUAAUGGAAAAAGUAUUUCUUAAAUACUUUAAAAUACUUACUUUAAAACAGUAUGCAUUAAUUAAGUAUGCAUCGAAUAUUGCGGUGUUGUUUGUUAAAUAACAGAAAGGCUAAAAAAGCGCGUAAAACUGUCACGCAAAACACAACAUAAACCUUUCUAGAGCUGACAUUUCAGCUUAGCAAUUUAACAAAUAACAGAUAAAUACAUAAAUAAAUAUUUUUCUCUAAAGAAAAUCUAACUCGGGUGUAUAAAUGACAAUCGUGUAGAAUUUACAUGAUGUAUGAGCCACUCAAAAGCCAAAGUGACUAACUCUAUCAAACAAAACACCAUCAAUUUAUUUUACUUAUAAAAAAUUAAGCACCAAUCAUGUACUUUGAUAUUAAAAUUGAAAAUAUUACAAAAAGUAAAGUUAAUCAAUUUGGCUUCUGAACGGCUAACUGAUAUCUUUAUGAUUCUACAUCAGCUAAAGCUCAGUCUCUCUCGUGUAACAUAUUUAAAAUUAAUUAUUUUAACUACCUCCUUGUAAGAAUACGUAUAAAAUUAUUAUUAUAAACUUUUUGAUGCACUUGUAAAUCAGCAGUUCUUAAUCUGCGAUUCGCGGUUUUUGCCGAAAUCCGGCUAUUUAAACAUAUCGAAUAAAUUGUGAAAUAAUAUGUAUGAUUAUAAAUUAUCAAAUUUUAUUUUGCAAAUCUGGCAAGAUUUGGCUUUCAAAAUUCAGUACAAAUCCGCGAAGAUUGGAAGGCUAAGCAUUGCUGGUACAAAAAAUAUACACAGAAAUUAAUCUUAAUGAAGAAAGAUUAAGAUUAUUUAGAUGUAUAAAGAGUUGAAUUAUUUUCUAGUUAGUAUUUCUAGUUAGUUUAGAAUAUUAGUGAUAAUUAUUAUCAUCUACCUAUACGCAGAAUGAGUGGAAAUAGUAGACGCCAUCGAAGAAAUAAAUUCAUACAUCUCUUUAUUUAAUGUUUGUAUGUCAAAGUAAAUA